AUGAGCGACACAACUCGAAGAACACCAGUACGAAAAGUUUGCAACGUUGUUGUCACUACUUUGUUUUUAUUGCCUAACCUUAGCUUCAACCGGCAUUCUUCCACCUCCAUCAGCUACCAGUCAAAAAAGAGCAUUGUUUUUAUUGUUCUCUUUCAGCCUCUGUGUUCCGUAAGUGAGGCUAUUUUCUUCACUAACCCAGCGCCAGCACCGGCACGAGCACCAGUGCAUUCUUAUACACCAGGCAAGGCUGAUCCUUCAUGCCGCCCUCCUUGGGUAACAGAUGACUCCUUUACCCAGAAAUUUGCACCUGGAAAAACCACCACCUCUGUUACCAAACAUACCCUGCCACGGGGUGCUCCAGCACCAUCUCCUGCCUCAACUUCAGCCUACUCGUCUCAUUCAAUACCAGCCUCUUCCCAGACUCCUACUGUAGCCCGGGGAACAAUUCAAAGGGCUGAGCGUUUCCCAGCCAGCAACCGAACUCCUCUCUGCGGACACUGUAACAGCAUAAUUCGGGGUCCUUUCCUGGUAGCCAUGGGUCGUUCCUGGCACCCAGAGGAGUUCAACUGUGCUUACUGCAAGACUUCUUUAGCAGAUGUGUGCUUUGUGGAGGAGCAGAACAGUGUGUACUGUGAGCGCUGUUAUGAACAGUUCUUUGCACCAACCUGUGCCAGAUGCCACACCAAGAUCAUGGGGGAAGUGAUGCAUGCUCUAAGGCAGACUUGGCACACGACUUGCUUUGUCUGUGCUGCCUGUAAGAAACCGUUUGGGAAUAGCCUCUUCCACAUGGAGGAUGGGGAGCCCUACUGUGAGAAAGAUUACAUUGCUUUGUUCAGCACAAAAUGCCAUGGCUGUGAUUUUCCUGUUGAAGCAGGAGAUAAAUUCAUUGAAGCCCUUGGACACACUUGGCAUGAUACCUGCUUUAUUUGUGCUGUGUGCCAUGCGAAUUUGGAAGGUCAGCCAUUUUACUCCAAGAAGGAUAAGCCACUGUGCAAGAAACAUGCUCAUGCCAUCAAUGUCUAAAAGAAGACCUGGAAGCUAAUGGCACUGUGAGAAAAUUGGCAACUAACUGAGAAAUUGCAAAAAGGAUAACCCCAACUGACAUUUCUCAUUGAGGGGAGGGUAGGAAGGCUAGGAAGCUAUUGGACACUUCUGAAGUAUAACUUUAAUCACUUUUAUAUUUGCAGAGCAUUUUUUGGCAUGGUCCAUACAGAAAGCUGAAUGAACACUCAAUGGCAAAUUAGUCAAUCUGAGUCAAAUAUUACUGCAAAAGUUAGAACAAAAAUUAAAGAGAUAAAAAUUAAUUAAAAGAAAUGUUUUAUGUAAAAAUAAGUAAUAACAACACCCAGACCAGCCUUAGAGCUGAGACCAUACACUAGUGUUUAAAAACAAUUGAAAAUCAUUCUUGAAAUUUGUUACAAGAAAAUAUUAAGUGCCAAAAUAUUAAUUGUAAAAUAAUUUAUAGACUCAUAGCUUUAAAAUUAAGAUAAGUAGAUCAGGAUUUCCUUACCAAAAAAGAAGUAUUAUUCCAUUCUUUAUAUCAUAGUGCUACAUCCAAGCAUCAAUUUUUUGAAUGAACUAGAGACAUCCCAUAGGCCAGGGGUUCUCAACCUUUUCUUUUCUGAGGCCUUCCCCACCCAACAUGCUAUAAA